AUGGGAGCUCCCACUGCGAUUAAAACGCCGCCGGCGGCGGAAAAGCCGGUCCAACCCCUGGCCGAAGCUGACGACGAAAUGAUGGUCGACACCACCCUGGUGCCCCAACAAGAACAAAAAGAACAGGACGAAGACACCGCCGAGCCCGAGCCUCAGCUGGUAGUCGUCGACGAAAACGGCAUGCCCAAGUUUGCUCCUGCCAACAAGCUCAAGAUGAAGGUGAAACUCGAACAAAGAAAAGUGCCCAUCCCCCCUCACCGGAUGUCGCCUUUAAAGAACUGCUGGCCCAAGAUAUACCCCCCUAUCGUCAACCACUUGAAGCUUAACAUCCGUAUGAACGUGCGUACCAAAACCGUCGAGCUUCGAACGGGUCCUCAAACCACUGACGAAGGCGCCCUCCAAAAGGGGGCCGAUUUCAUCAGAGCAUUCACUUACGGGUUCGACGUCGACGACGCCAUCGCCUUGUUGAGAUUGGACGACUUGUACAUUGAAACCUUCGAAAUCAAGGAUGUCAAGACCUUGCAAGGUGACCACUUGAGCCGUGCCAUUGGUCGUAUUGCUGGUAAGGACGGUAAGACUAAGUUUGCCAUUGAAAACGCUACCCGGACGCGUAUUGUCCUCGCCGACUCCAAGAUCCACAUCUUGGGUGGGUUCACUCACAUCCGUAUGGCGCGAGAAGCCGUCGUGCUGUUGAUUUUGGGUGCCCCUCCGGGCAAGGUCUACGGCAACAUGCGGACGGUGGCUCUGCGGAUGAAGGAACGGUAUUAG